UUGUCUGUAUAUAAAGAUGUCACAAGUGCAUGUGAGCAGCUGAUCAUAGGGAGUAGAGUGACCUUCACUUUGGAGCACCAUGGUUUCCACACCACUGUUUCUGCUGCAGCUGGUCCUGGUCUCAUUAGUGUCUGCAUCACAUCACUUUGGAGGACUCACCACCUUUUCUGGAGGACGAAACACUGAUGGAACAUUUACAGUGAACAUUAGCAACCGGGCAACCUUUGACGGAUGUGGCCAUGUUCAAACCAUGUAUUGUUACAAAGGGAACUGUGGAUAUGAGGUUAAUAGCCAAAGAGCCAUACUUGACAAUAGCACCCAUGCACCGAGAUCCAACCACCAAUGGUGUGAAGCAGAGACAGUGAUCACAAGACGUGUCUCAUCCAACAGGCCUUUUUCUUUGCGGUCAGCGAGUUGUUGCUGGAUUCCAACAAGGAACUAUCUCAACAGCUGGAGACUCCUGACCACUGUAGAUUUGGGUACAAGAUCUGACACAGGAGAUCCAAAUAAAUCCCCAGUAAUUGGCACGCUACCAUUCCUUAGAGUUCCUCAAAACUGUCCACGGAUGUAUAAGCUAAUGGCCUUUGAUGCUGAUGGUGACCGAUUGCGAUGUAGAUAUGGAAAGAUUCUGAAUACAGAAUGUGGCUCGUGCAGUCAGCCUUUUGGCUUUCACUUGGAUCAGGACUCUUGCACUUUGUACUACAACUACACCUUAUCUGAUCCCCGUGUUUAUGGAUUUGAGUUGGUGGUGGAAGACUUUCCACAGCAGCACGUCAUACUAUCGUACAGUGAUGGCUCCCACUCCUCCAAGUCUCCUCUGACGACCAGCUCCACCUUCCCCAUGGUGGUGGAAACCUACAACCCCACACCCAUGGUCACAUUGGCCUACAACAACCCCUGA